GAUUCGUUCACGAUCCCUAGGAAGGAGAUGAUAUACUUCCGCCAUCAGGAGCCAUGGCUGCUGCAACCAGCAAAAAAGCACUGAGGUUUUUCUCUCAGUUCGGAGCUUUUAUUCUGACUCGGUUCAGUUUCUGGAACUGCUUCAGUAUGUUGAUGCUGUUCGCGGAGCGCGCGGAUGUUAAACGGAAGCCAGACAUCCAGGUGCCUUACCUGUACUUUGAUUUAGGAGCUGCAGUGUUGUGUGCCAGCUUCAUGUCCUUCGGAGUGAAGAGAAGGUGGUUCUCUCUGGCCGCUGCGCUUCACCUGGCCCUCAGCACAUACGUGUCCUAUGUGGGGGGGCAGGUGCAUUAUGGAGACUGGCUGAAGGUGAGGAUGUACUCCAGAGCCAUGGCCAUCAUAGGAGGGUUUCUGGUGCUGGCCAGCGGAGCAGGAGAGGUUUACAGACAGAAACCCCGCACACGCUCGCUGCAGUCCACCGGACAGGUCUUCCUGGGGAUUUACUUGAUCUGUACGGUUUACUCGCUCCAGCACAGUAAGGAGGACCGUCUGGCGUAUCUGGACCAUGUUCCCGGCGGUGAGAUCACGGUCCAGCUGCUGGUGGUUGUGUUCGGGGUGCUGGCGCUCUCCUAUCUCUCGGGCUGCUAUGUGCGAGUGGCUUCGCAGAUCCUGGCGGUUCUCUUACCUUUGAUUGUGCUGUUCAUCGAUGGAAACAUGGGAUACUGGCACCGCAGCUGCCACGUGGAGUUCUGGAACCAGAUUAAGCUCAUCGGGCAGAACGUGGGCAUCUUCGGAGCGGUGCUGAUUCUAGCCACAGACAGCUGAAGACAGAGGAAUAUAACGGCAGCUGUGUACACCAGGAGAGACCGAACAUGUGUCUCAGGGGAUAAAGAGAAUAACGCUCUCGAACACACAGAGGUGGACUACAAUUCCCAGCUUGCUCUGGAAUCGCCAUCGCAAGCACAAAGACUGUUUACAUUUCCUUUGUUUCCAUUUUUUUUAUGCAUUAUUUAAAAAUUAAGAACGACUAUGAGUCUUAAAAGUUAAAUUAAAGUUGAAUGAUGAAUUUGAGGGAAGUUUGGAAAGAUGUUAUUGUCAGUUUUGAUGUUCUUAAGCUGUAUAGUAAUGUGGGAUUUUUUCCUCAUGUUACCGACAUUUAAAAUGCCAUUGCAUUGUUUGCUGAAGCAGUUUAGUUUGCAUUCCUUAUACGACUUCUAUAAAAGCAUCACAAUGUCAAUUAAAACAUUUUUGUAUGGAACCUACAAAAUCUUUUGAUUAUUGCAUG